AUGGCUGGUGCAGGAAUCUUUGCGUUCUUGGACCUGCCUCCGCCAGAAGAGGAGCCGGCCCCACAAAACGAGUCUCCUGACCGGACUCCCGAUACACCAGACUCGCCAGACUCGCCAGACCUUGGACAGGGGGCGUACGCCAAGGCCGCCAGUUUCUUCCCAACACUGAGCACUGCUGGACUGCUCCAUGACUCGGACUCGGAUGAUGGUCUUGUCAUACCUCGUCCUGGGCAAGUUCCACAGGAUGUUCUUGCAGUGGCCUGUGAGCCUCCGCCAGAGGCUUUCCCUGGACUCCCCACACAUGUCAUCCUCAAGGUUCUCUCCAUCAAGGGCCUUCCUCUCCGCAAGGAAGAGCGGAACGUGCCGGGAAACAAAGGCUUGGGCUAUUUCCUUGAGGGCAAGAACAUGAUUGACCGAAGCACGGCCACUGCUGCCGUUCUCCCGGAGGCACAGAGUCGUCCCCCAGGAAGGCAUCGCUGUGCGGAGCCUCGCAUGUUUGCAGAGGUCUCGGGCGAUGUCUGCGAGGCAGUUUGGGAACGACCUGGUGAGGUUAAAGUACGUCUCAAGGAGGGUCAGGAGUCUGUGGUGGUGGGCAUUCUGCUCGGCCAGGAGGUUGCUGCGGUGACUGCGGAGCUCAACCUCACAGGAACCUUGCGCCGGUUCUUCCAGCCACAGCAACUCUACAGGCCUUCAUUCGGCGGAGUGGCUGUCGGUCUGAUCCAGGGUGCCAGUGCGAAACUGGCACUGGAGUUGUACCCGCCAGGUUCUCAAUUCCCGGGCCGCCAUGUGGAAGAGGAGGUAGAAAGGCCGAGUAUCCAGCCAACGGUCCAGGCUGAGCCUCUAAGCGAUUGCCGAUUCUGCGAUGGCUACGGGCGCAGGAGCUGUGAAGGCUGCGGAGGGCACGGAGUCCUCGUUUGCAGCACCUGCGACGGAAUGCCAGCGUUGCCGUGCCCGGCUUGCCGCGGGCGGGGCCAGCUGCACGACAACUUGGAGGGCAUUGGGGGCCCCAGAAGCAGAAGAGCUCUGGACGGCGCAGUCUUGAGCACGGUGAAGGGGCGACGAUGUCAGACCUGCUGGGGCGCCCCGCUGACCUGCAAAGAGUGCUUUGGCGCUGCUGCGCUGCGGUGCAACGUGUGCAACGGCGCUGGCUGGGGCUGCUUACAAGCAGCUGCACGGAGCACGCACCUUCAGGCAGUGGCCCUGCGGGACGGUCAGAACGCCGAGCUGGGAGAGGUGCUGGACCAGGAAUACACCGCUGGCUUCUAUACGAACAUCGAGUCGGAAUCCUUGCCCAAGGGUCUGAAUGAGGACAUUGUCCGAAAAAUCUGGGAGAUCAAAGAAGAGCCCGAGUGGAUGCUCGAGUUUCGCUUGAAUGCAUUCCGGAAAUGGCAAAAGAUGGAGAUGCCAGAGUGGGCACAUCUUCAGAUGGAAGAGAUUGAUUUUCAGGACAUCGUCUACUAUUCCAGACCCAAGACCAAGAAGAAGAAGCAGAGCUUAGACGAGGUGGAUCCUGAGCUGCUGGACACGUUCGAGAAGCUCGGCAUCCCGUUGACCGAGCAGAAGCGCUUGGCGAACGUUGCGGUGGACGCCGUGUUCGACAGCGAGAGCAUUGGCACGACUUUCCAGAAAGAGCUGGAGGAGGCUGGUGUGAUCUUCUGCUCCAUUAACGAGGCCAUCAAGGAGCACCCGGAGCUUGUCAAGAAGUAUCUGGGAUCUGUGGUUCCUGUGGCCGACAAUUAUUUCGCCGCUUUGAACAGUGCCGUCUUCAGCGACGGCUCCUUCUGCUACAUCCCCAAGGGGACCACGUGCCCCAUGGAAAUAUCCACAUACUUCCGAAUCAACAACAAGGAGUCUGGACAGUUUGAGCGCACCUUGCUCAUUGCAGAUGAGAGCAGCUAUGUUUCGUACUUGGAGGGAUGCACUGCCCCGAUGUUCGACUCGAAGCAGCUGCAUGCUGCCGUCGUAGAGCUGCACGCUGCUGAAUCCGCGGAGAUCAAGUACUCCACGGUGCAGAACUGGUAUGCCGGAGACAAGAACGGCAAGGGCGGCAUCCUCAACCUGGUCACGAAGCGAGGCAUGUGCGAGGGCAAGAAGUCCAAGAUUUCAUGGACCCAGGUGGAAACUGGCUCUGCUGUUACCUGGAAGUACCCGUCCUGCGUGCUCAAGGGAGACGACUCCGUCGGCGAGUUCUUCUCGGUGGCCCUGACCAACAACUACCAGCAGGUCUAUGCGGGUGCAGUGGAGGAUCAAGAAGAGGAGGUUGCAGAGGUGCAGAGCAGCAAAGACCAAGCCAAAAGGAGGGACACUGUUUACUUGAAGGUAGCCCCAGAAGCUCCAGCAGAAAAGCGGGAAGUUCAGGCAGGAAGAUGCUGCGGUGGCUUUAGUUAG